AUGAACGGGAAUCGGAAGAUCGAAGGACAACCUAAACAAGUGGGUUCUGCUGGGAGACACAAAAUGCGACGAACAAACCAUGCCCCAACUUCUACUCCUACAUGUCUAAACUGCCCUACAUUAUGUACUGCGACCAUGGCUGAUGCAAUCGAAGCAGCUAAAUACAUUGGGAGGACAAAGUAUAAUAACCGAUUAGACCAACAUUUACAAUAA